AGCGGGAGCGCGCGUUAAGGAAGGAAGGGGAAGGAAAGAGCCGGAGCAGAUCAGUCGCCAGCGGAGCUCAAGACAGCGGAUGAACGGAGCCCGAGCGUGUGUGUCGCCCUAGUCGUUUUUUACAGCAGCGCCCGGCAGCCCGAACAUGAUGCUCAAACUCGUCCAUCUCCUCGGGGUGCUCGUCUGCAGCGGCCAAGCCGCGCUGCAGGUGUCCAUAUCCUUGAACAAAGUGGAGCUGAGUGUGGGAGAGUCGAAGUUCUUCAUCUGCACAGCCAUCGGCGAGCCGGUGAGGCUGGACUGGUUCAACCCGCAGGGCGAGCGCAUCCUACCCUCCAAGCGCAUGGCGCUGCACACGGAGGCGUCGCGCUCCAGGCUCAUCAUUUACAACGCCAUCAUCGAGGACGCCGGCAUCUACCGCUGCCAGGCCACCGACGCCGGCGGCCACACCGAGGAGGCCUCCGUGGUGCUGGAGAUCUACCAGAGGCUCACAUUUCAGGACAUUCAGUCGCCGCAGGAGUUCCGUCAUGGCGAGACGGCGGAAGUCGUGUGUGAUGUCAUCAGUUCGCCGGUGCCUGUGGUGGUUUGGUACUACCAGGACAAAGAGAUCACCGAGGAGCACCACAGCAGGUUCCAGGUGCUGGCCAACAACAACCUGCAGAUCCACCAGGUGACCAAGGCCGACGAGGGCGUGUACCGCUGCGAGGCCAGCGUGGAGGCUCGGGGCGAGAUCGAUUUCGUGGACAUCGCUGUGGUGGUCAAUGUUCCUCCAGUGUUGUCAGUGUUGCAGCAGUCCUUCAAUGCCACAGCUGACUACCAGGAAUCAGUCACCUUCACCUGCCUCACCUCUGGAUCUCCGGACCCUCUGGUUACUUGGCACAGGAAAGGGCAGCAGCUGGAGCCGUCGGAGCAGUACAUCCUCAACAGACUGGAAGGUGGGCGCAGCAUGUUGACCGUCCGCAACAUCCGACAGGGCGACGGGGGCACGUACUCCUGCAGGGCCACCAACAAGGCCGGGUCCCAAGAAAGGGAACUGUUCCUCAAAGUCUUCGUCCAGCCCCACAUCACCCUGCUGAAAAACGUGACAGCCGUGGAGGGCAGCGCCGCCAUGAUCUCCUGCGUGGCAGAGGGCGAACCUCUGCCUGACAUUUCCUGGAGAAGAGCCAGUGACGGGCAGACCUUCGUGGACGGAGACAAGAGCCAGGACGGGCGCUUCGAGGUGCGCGGGCGCCACGGCAAGUCGGUGCUGACCAUCAGCGGAGUGAGGCUGGGCGACCUGGGCCGCUUUGACUGCGAGGCCCUCAGCAGGAUCGGAGGUCACCAGAAGAGCAUGUUUCUGGAUAUUGAGUAUAUCCCCAAGUUCCUGACCAACCACACCAUUUACUACUCGUGGGAGGGGAACCCGGUGAACAUCAGCUGCGACGUGAUGUCCAACCCUCCCGCCACCAUGCUGUGGAGGAGGGAGCGCUUCACCAUCUCCGCGGAGGGGACGGCCAACACGCGGGUCCACAGCGCAGAGGGCAAGUCUGUCCUGGAGGUGACGCCCAUGUCCGACCGGGACUUUGGCCGCUACAACUGCACGGCCCGGAACAACAUCGGUGUUCGGUACCAGGAGUUCAUUUUGGCCCAGGCAGACGUGCCGUCCAACCCGUACUCCGUGCGCCUGUCGGCCGUGUCGCAGCGCUUGGCCACCGUCACCUUCAUGAAGCCCGACUCUCACGGCGGCGUCCCCAUCAGCUACUACCUGGUCCAGUACAAGGAGGUGGGCCUGCAGGACUGGAGGGACGUCAGGUCGCACAGCAUCCAGACUACUGUGGUGCUGACGGGACUGGAGCCCAACACGACGUACGAGGUUCGAGUGGCGGCUGUUAACGGGAAGGGUCAAGGAGAGUUCAGCCACACGGAGACCUUCCAGACUUUACCCAUCCGGGAGCCGAGUCCACCGGCGGUGCACGGGCAGAGAGGAAUGGGCAAGGCCUACAGGCUGGGGCUGGUCAAGCAGGACGACGGCGGCAUGCCCAUCGUGGAGUACAUCGUCAAGUACAAGACGGACAAGGAGGAGCAGUGGAUGACCAAGCUGGUGCCAGGGGCCAACGACUUCGCCAUGCUGCAGCCGCUGCAGUGGAACACGCGCUACGAGGUGGAGAUCACGGCGCGCAACGUCAAGGGGCUGUCGGAGCCGACCUUCUAUCAGUUCUUCAUGCCGCAGAAACCCGACAUCACAGCAGAAUCCCUGUUCAGCGGCCUGGGGCUGGGGGCGGUGGUGGGCCUGGGCCUGGGAGCGCUGCUGCUGCUGCUGGUGCUGGUGGACGUCAGCUGCUUCUUCCUGCGCCACUGCGGCCUGCUGAUGUGCAUCACGCGCACGCUGUGCAGCAAGAAGACGGCCACCAGCGGCAAGGGCAAGGAGAUCGAGGAGGGCAAGGCCGCCUACCUGUACACCUACAACAGCCGCCCAACCGCCCUUUCAACCACAGAAGCUACCGCUGAAGGAAGAAAAUGGAAAAGAGUCGCUCAAGCCGGAUACGAUUGAGAUCAAGGUGCACAGUGACAACAGCAUCCACACAAAACCCGACGACAGCAAAGCGUAAAGGCGCCGGCCCGCUCGCCGCCAAAAGAACAUUCGGAUCACGAGACCAAAACCCAGAGAAACUACAACACUGGAACAUAGUGGAGUAAAAUACCAUAUCUGUUUAUAACAAUGCCCCAGUGAAAGGCAUGUGUACAUAUAAAUAAUAAGGAGAAAAUAGAAAGCAGAGUGUCAACCUUUCAGACACCGAGUGGUUUAUGUAUCAUGUUCCUGCAAACAUGGCAUCAGUGGAAAGCUCUUGUUGAUCAAUGAUUGUAUACUGCUGUUUAUUUUCCUUCUCAUUCAGCGCCUGGAGACGCCUUUUCUUUAGCUCCUCCCCCUUUUUGCUUUCACGUGUCACGCAGGUAGAAGUCAUCAGGUGAAGCUCACGUCCUGCUCCCUCUCCCACGGCCUCACACACGGUCCCACACACACAUUACAGCUACAGUAGCUCUGCCCUGAACUCUCCCAUCAACCCGUUAUGCCUUUAAUAGCUGAGAAUGUGGCUGACGACAGGCAAAUACGGCAGAAGUGUGUUCAAAGCGCUCCAAACGGGGGGGGGGGGACAGAACCAGGGGGUCGUUGCUGCAAUAACGCGCGCCGCGCAUGAAUUAUUUAGUCGCGAAGGUGAACGGCGCCGCUCGAAGGGCUGCUGUGGAUCCGAAACCCGCGCUGCAGGAACGAGGAGGACGCGCUGCAGCGCACGUGCACUGAUGUCACCGCGAGCCACGCCUUUUAUACGCAUCACGGUACGUAUGUGCUCAUCGCCAUCUAUAUGUGGGAAGGCUCGAGGCGAAGAAGCGCCUGUGUUUCAAACGAUAAACACCCGUUUCUUAACUCAUCCCCCAGAUCAGAUCGGACCUUUUGAACCCUUUUUUUUGUGUGUUUCUCUGUUCAAUCUCUGUUCUCUGAUGUUGUCAUGUGUUGUACAUAGGUGGGGAAAAAAAACAAUAUUUUACAAAGCUUUUAUGUAAAUAUGCCCCGAAGGAUGUGUCCUCUUGUUUUUUUUCAAAGCGCAACAGGCUCGGCUCUUUCUGCGAACGCUCCUCGGAUGAAACGCCGUCUCCCUUUUCUUUUCUUCCUCCUCCUCCUUUUGUUGUGUUUCGGUCCAAAGUUCAGUGACAGUGUAAUAUAGCUUUUUCUAGUCUAGUCAUUUGCUUUCCCUUAAGAAAAUCCAUGCCCUGAGGCUAUUUCACGGCAUUUCAGUGGAGGCAGUAAUUACGGCAUUAGAGUGCCUUCUCUUGUAUUUCCUCCUCUCCCCUUUUGUGGCCUAAUGCCGCUCGCAGCAGUAAUGUAGAACAUCAAAUGAGUCCUCGCACACGACUCCGCUGCAAAUAUUGCCACAGAAUGUGUCAGAAAAUUCAAUUUUAUCGUGGUGCUGUGACUUCUGGGGACUGUAGUCUUAGGAUUGUGGUUUUGUAGUCGACGACACUGGAACAGAAACAGAUGUGUAUUAACUACCUAGUAGGACUAGAUGUCAGGUCGAUGCUGUGAACUGCAGCGAUGGGCUGAAUCGGGUUGUAAUGCGUGUGAUGCAUCAGUGUGUGCGUGUGCGUGUGUGUGUGGGUUAGUGAAGCAGGCGUGUGUACAUGAAUCAGGUUGCAUGCCUGUGUGUUGAAUGUAUCUGCAUGUAUGGAACUGUACAGUCUUUGAGAAAGUGCGUGUGCGUGAGCUCAUUUUGGUUUUUCACAAUAAAACUCUCCCAAUUACAACCAAUAAUCUAAUUGAGAGCGUUUGGAUGUUUUAAUGUUGCUACUGUGACGUUUAUCUUGCUAUAAUUUGUAUUAUUUUUUUGUUAACUAUUUAUAUUGGAUUCCAACGCGUUAAUCAACCCACUCUGCAGAUCGGCGCCGAUGUAGGUAAUGAUGCCCACGUGCCCAGUAUGAAUGUCCAAGUGGUUGGAGCGGACGAGUGUUUGGCUCCGAGUGUGGAGUGAACUGGAGAGAGCUCUCACGCUGAGUUUCAGAGAGCGCCGCGAUAGGUAAAACCUGAUUAUGUAGUUCUCGACAGUGAUUAAUUCCCCGGGCUGCAGCACUCCACGCGCGUGUCUGCGCCGCCACCCCCUCACCACUAUUCCCCUGCCUCCAGACGCCACUGGAUUUUUUUCUUUUUUUUUUUUUUUUUUUAUCUCAGACCUCAUAGCACUAGCUUUGUUUUCUCACAGCGAGCCCUUGUACCUGCAUAUCUCAAAUGGAUGGUCCUGCCAUGGAGCGGUCCCGCUGCCUGUUACGAUGACUGUAAAUACGGGAGCACAGUGCCUGGAGGCUAUACGAUUUGUACAUGUUCUUUUGUAUUUGAAUAUGAGUGUAAAUUCCCCCCCCCCCACCCCCUUCCUCUGCUCCUCCUCACCUCCUCUCUGUCUCCUCCAUCCUUCUUCUGUAGGGGGUAAAACAGGUGUGUUUGAGCUCAGUGUACAGUGUGUGUCCUCUUUGUCCCCCCCCCCCCCCCCCCUCCCCCCCGUGUCCCCUGGACUGUCCCCACUGCGUGUGCUCUGUGCAGGAGGUGGGAACUAUUGGUGUCUCUCUGUACGUACCUGUGGAACACUUGUGACUCCUGUCAUUUGCCGCUGUAAAUAAACAUGUCCUGGUAGAA